AUGUCCGAUUCAUCGAACUGGAGAGGAGGACCGCUCUGCUCGAGAAGAUCGUCCUCACAGGCAACCGAUCGUGUCGCUUGCAGAAAGAAGCCGCCCGAAGACGUACAAGUUCACAGACCUGAACAACAGCAGGAGGACUCGCCAGAAACGAUAAAAGCCAUUGCGGAAGGCCGUCGCGUCUAUCUCGGAAACCUGCUUUAUACCACCACGCCGGAUGACAUUAAUAAAUUUCUCGCGAAGAAUAGUAUUGUUUCUGCUACAAAUGUUCACGUAUCUAUCGAUCCAUUUACAGGCCGCUGUCCGGGAUAUUGCUUUAUUGAGUUUGCAGAAAAGGGGAAUGCGGGUGACGCUAUGAGAAUAUUGGAGGGCCUUCCGUUGUUUGGUCGACCGGUUAAGUGUCGUCCUUGUCGGCCCAAGGGUAACCUUCGACAUGGUGGUCCAGGUUAUGGGGUCCGUGAUGAAAAUAGUAGUCUCAGCUAUAAUCGCUGGGGUGAUUGGGAGGGAUCAGGAGUUGGAGACCCAAAACAAGACAGACUUUCGGGACAAACGGGACCUGAUGACGCAAUGAGGUAUUUCCAGGUUUCAAAAGCCCAAGAAGAGGGCCGACAACUCCGCGUUGAUGGACUGCCGAGGAUGCUUGAUCAAUCAGAGAAUGAUUUGGAGAUUCGAUCCAUCUUCAAGGACUUCGAAAUCGAUGCAGUAAGUAAGAGGGUUAGUCCUCGUGAUAACAAUCCGGAUAAUCAUCGACGCAAUUUUUGCUAUAUUGAUUUCACCACUAGCCAAGGGGCCCAAGCGGCUAGGCAAGCUAUCGAUGGCAUAUUGUACAGGGACGCGCCAUUGAAGUUCGCGAUUGCAAUUCCGAAAUCUAGUAGAAAACCAGAUAAAUAUGCCACAGCGAAGGAAAAGGCGAUGGGGAGCUCACGAUGGACAUAA